AGUUAUAAUCUGAGCUUUGUGGGUUUCUCUAAAUAUAUGUAUAUGAAUCUUGGAGUUAUCUUUGAUCAGGAUUUGUCAUUUAACUCUAACAUAACGCAGACCUCUAGGACACAUUAGACACAUACUAUCACAGACAGAUGCAGAAAAACUAAUCCAUGCAUUUGUUACUUCAAGGCUGGAUUACUGCAACUCUUUAUUAUCAGGUUGCCCCAAUAAGUCCAUUAAAACGCUCCAAUUAAUUCAGAACGCUGCAGCAUGAGUACUGACAGGAACUAGAAAAAGAGAUCACAUCUCUCCUGUACUAGCUUCUCUGCAUUGGCUCCCUGUAAAAUGUAGAAUAGAAUUUAAAAUCCUCCUCCUCACCUAUAAAGCUCUUCAUGGUCAGGCCCCUUCAUAUCUUAAAGAGCUCAUAGUACCCAAUUACCCCACUAGAACAUUACGUUCUCUGAAUGCUGGGCUACUUGUGGUUCCUAUAGUCUCUAAAAGUAGAACAGGAGCCAGAGCCUUCAGUUACCAAGCUCCUCUCCUGUGGAACCAGCUUCCAGUUGUGGUUCGGGAGGCAGACACCCUCACCACAUUCAAGAGUAGGCUUAAGACAUUCCUCUUUGAUAAAGCUUAUAGUUAGGGCUGGAUCAGGUGAGUCCUGAACCAUCCCUUAGUUAUGCUGCUAUAGGCCUAGACUAUUGGGGGAUUUCCCAUGGUGCACUGAGCUCCUCCCUUCCUCUCUCUUUCUGCACUCAUUCAUGUCCCAUUAAUGCAUGUUACUAACUUCACUUCUUCCCCGGAGUUCUUGUGCUUUCUCGUCUCGCAGGUUCUUAUCGAUCCUGGUGGAGCCUCCUGCCAUGGUCCUGCUAGAUUGCCAUUGCCAAUACUGUUGUUGCUGUGCACCUGUCUGUCUGUCUGUCUGUCUGUCUCUCGCUCUCUCUCUCUCUCUCUCACCCCAACUGGUCGAGACAGACGACCACCCACCUAGAGCCGAAGGAUCUGUCCUAGGUUUCUGCCUUUUAACAGGCAGUUUUUCCUUGCCCUUGUCGCCAAGUGCUUGCUCAUGGUGGUACUGUUGGGUCUCUGUAAUUAAUGUUAAAGAGUUCGGUCUAGACCUGCUCUAUUUGAAAAGUGUCCUGAGAUAACUUCUGUUAUGAAUUUGCGCUAUACAAAUAAAAUUGAAUUGAAUUGAAUUGAAAUUGAAUCAGCAGAGGUUCAUUAAUUGGACUAUAGAUGCAUUUGAGGGAAUUAGAGAGCAGUUACAUGCCACUUCCCUCAUGGCUCUGCAAAAUAGGUUUGCAAUCGACACGUUGCUAGCAGAAGAUCAAGGUGUGUGUGAAAUGAUUGGAGAAGAAUGUUGCACUGUCAUUCCAAUGAUUACAGGUAGUGAUGGAAAUCUCACAAAAAUACUGAAGACAAUGAAAGACCUCAGAAACGAACACGUAGCGAAUUCCAAUUGGAACACUCGGCUAGAGUGGUUAACGAAGGUCUGGAAUUGGAUGAAUCGCACGUCUUGGAAGAAAAUACUGUUGACAAUAGGCAUGGUCCUUGGAGGGUUAAUAUUGGUUGCAGUAGUAGUUUCAUGUUGUAUAUUACCAAUUGUCAAAAUAAUGAUGAGCAAAACAGCUAAAGUAAUUACAGGACAAUUUCCCCUUUUCAUUUUAGAAGCAGGUGACCAAGAUGAAGCAGGCAGAGAAAUGUCAGAGGAUCAGUAUGUUGACAUGACAAAUUCUGACACUGUGACACUGGACAAAUACCAUAAUGACAGAACCAACAAGUAAUCAAGCACGAAAAGGGAAAAACAGGGGAAGAAAAUCAACUAAAAAGGGAAGACACAAUGAGGCCUUACAAGUUGUGCUAAAUCUAUUGCCAUACGGACCCAUAUCAAUCCAAAGUUCUAGAACUUAUCUGCAAUGUCGAGAUAAAAGCCAUUCAUUGCAAUCAGAGGGCUAUCCACUGCCACGAAAUGCGAGUAUUCGCUUGCACUCUAUGCACAGCACCAAUUGGGAAAAACACAUAUAUAAUUUGCCUGGAGGACUGAUCGUGCACACCAGCAACGUAUCUAUGACUUACUCUUAUGACCUGGUAAAUACAGAUGUAGGAGUAUGCAUGCCAGUAUAUACUAAAGCACAGAUACAGAUAAUCACAGUAUGUUUAGGGACAGAUGUUUUGUUUAGCACUCAUGAAGCACUGCACAGUCGGGGUAAAGAGGUAAUUAGAGAAAAAUCAGAAUGGUAUGAGACAUGUUACAGCCAACAUAAAGAUCAAUUAUGGAAAAUGGAAGGAGGAGGUAGGACAGGAUAUUGUAGGGAUUAUGCCUUGGGUAAAGAUGUAUGGGUGGGGUUUUGGAGAUAAACUCAUAGUGUGCCUUGUCCCAUCAGACCACAAUGGCUGAUUAUCCAGAGAGCUGGCGGUUGUGGAACCUAUAUGACCAAGCACGCCAACAGGGAUCCUAUGGUCACCCAUGGCAAGCUCCUGAUGGCACUGGAGGGAUGGGGCUGUUACCACAAGCAGACCAGCAGUACCACCAGCCACUGGCGGGACCAAGCAGAUAUCCACCAGAGGUGAAUCCACCAGGAGGUGCAGGACCGCCACUACCCAGCCAGAGGAGAAUGGUCAGACCUGGAUCAGCUUUAAGCCCACUACCACCACCACGCGACUACCAAGUCAGCAUAAUACUCUCGCCCACGGAGACAGACUACACUCCCACCACGCCACGGCACACACCAACACCGCCAUUAGUGUUUGGACCUCAAGCAGAGGUGCCAAGCUCAAGCACAACUGCACUGGGGAGUGAAAACCCUCAGCAAACCCCCGGUCCAUCAUACCUCAAGCCAAGGUAUACAAAGCCAGAUUUUGGCACUAAAAUCCCAUAUGAAAUAGCCCCGAUUUCAGAUGAUGAGGACACUACGGAGAGUUCAUCAGUGGAGGAAAAAGAACACCCAACCCCUGACCAGAUCACCGGAGCAAAAUUGGCUGACAUGGACAUGUGCGAGUUUCAGGCAUAUGUGCAACGUUACCCCUGGACCAGGGAGAGGGUAACCGACAUGAGACGAAGAGAGAUGAAAAGCCGUGUUUCAAAGCGUUUCCGGGAACGUAAGAAGGAAAAGUUGAGUAGUUUGGCUUGGGAAAAUCAUAAGCUGAAAAAUGAACUUGCUCAACAGAAAGAACUGGUUGCACAUAAGUCUCGGAUGAUUGAAAAGCUGGUGCAGAUGUACAUGAGAGCCACAGACAACGAUCCUGUCUAAAAUGUGAUAUGCCAUAUAACACAGAGGUAGCACUGAUAAGUAUACUACUGAUGAUGGAUUAAAGGUUACUCAAAUAGCAAUGAAUUACUGUAUAACACACUACUGAUGAUUAAAUGAUAUCUACUCAAGGGAUGAAUAUCACUACUGAAAUUUAACUUGGGCAUAAUUUUGAGAUAAAACUGAAGAAACUGCUGAUUGAGGUGUAUUAAUGGAUAGUGAUAAGCUAAUGUGGUCUGUAUGUAUAAUAACCCACACAUCAAUGAUGUGUAUACCUCUAUGGGAUGGCUCCAUGUUGUCUUUAAUAUGACAUGAUUAGUAGCUCUCGCAUAAGGUAACCUUUUGUGCGUUGUGACCUUGUGUUACAAUGUCACAAAGGGGGGAUAUGUAGUAUAAAAUUUAGUGUAGGUUAGUGCAUAUUAUAAGUAGGUAAGUGCAUAUUACAAGUUAGUAAUCAAUUAAUCACACAAUAAUCACACAAAAGUUUUAAGUUUUCUUAUGCACUGUUGUUUGUUCACACAGAUAACUGGAAAUCAAGUAGAGAGCACUAUGUUUUAAGUAAUGAUGAUUUUGAGUGUUAAGUAGAAUAGAUUUAUAUAAGCUCACAAGGAUGUUAAUGAAGGCAUGUGUUUUAAGUUUAUAUGAUUUCAUGAAAAGCACAAAUACAAGUUUUCUUAUCAGUAGUAAGCACCAUGGUUAUUUAGUAAAGGUUUGUUUUAAUGUGUGGAACAUAUAGAAUGUGUGGUUGUAACACAAGUUUUUCUUAUCAUAUCUAGAAAUGAGCACUGAUUAUACCAAAUGUAUGUGUGUGGUUGUAACACAAGUUUCUUAUGAUAUUAUAAAGUUUAUAAAGUUUUUUAAAAAAUACAGUAAAACACAUCUGUGACAUAAUGGUGUAAGGAAAAGGUACUAAAUGGUUUUUAAAAAAUAGAAGUACAGCAAACUAGAUUCUAAUGGUGUAAUCAUGAUGAAAGGAGAGCCAAAAGAAAAUGUGGGUUCAGUGAUAAGAACAUAGGCCUGACGGGGCAGGCAAGUAAGACACCAGUAGGAUGGAGCGUGAGCAAAACAAAGGCAGGAUAAUUGGGAUGAUAAGACAACCACUAGGAUGGCGCAUGGGCCCAACAAGGGCAAAAUAAUUGGGACCCACGUACUGGUGGAGAUUUAGGGUCUUUUCAAAGUAGAUAUACACCAUUAUGUCGUGGAUGGAAAAGGUAGAAGAUGGGCAGGACUUGUGACAGGAGGGCAAAAGUAUAAAAGAAGAAGCUUUGUGAGGAUGAAUUCAGUCUUUCCAUGGAUGGCUCGGGCUUUGUUUGUCUGUCAAGAUAAUAAAGCUCUAUUCUACUGCCAA